GUGGAUACCAAAGCUCAAAACAUGGUAAUGAUCUCAUCAUGAUGCUUGAACAUCUGUAGCUAACUACAGGAUUUUCAAAAGAAAUCCAGCAUGGCCUCAUUGGAUUGACCUUUGGAAAAUUUAUAAUGUCCUCUGGAACCAGUAUCAGCAGAAAUCGGCAAGCUCCGAGCCUGCAGGGUGUUGACCCAGAAACAUGCAUGAUAGUGUUUAGAACACACUGGGCACAGGUUCUGAAAAUCUUAGAGAAGCAUGAUCCUUUGAAAAACACUCAGGCAAAGUAUGGGGCAAUUUCAUCUGAUGAGGCCAGCACUGUUCAGAAUUAUGUGGAGCACAUGCUUUUCUUAUUAAUUGAGGAGCAAGCAAAGGAUGCCUCAAUGGGGCCUAUUCUGGAGUUUGUGGUCUCUGAAAACAUCAUGGAGAAGCUUUUUCUUUGGAGCCUACGACGGGAGUUCACUGAUGAGACAAAAAUCGAGCAACUCAAAAUGUAUGAAAUGCUAGUAACCCAGUCUCAUCAGCCUUUACUGCAUCACAAGCCCAUCCUGAAGCCUUUGAUGAUGUUGCUGAGUUCCUGCUCAGGAACAGCCACGCCUACAGUGGAAACGGAGCUGGUCAUCCUCUUGAACCAGCUCUGCUCUAUAAUAGCCAAAGAUCCCUCCAUUUUAGAACUGUUUUUCCAUACCAGUGAGGACCAAGGAGCUGCCAACUUCCUCAUAUUUUCCCUGCUGAUUCCCUUCAUCCAUCGAGAAGGAACAGUGGGCCAACAGGCCCGUGAUGCGCUGCUUUUCAUAAUGUCUCUGUCUGCAGAAAACAACGUUGUUGCAAAACACAUUGCAGAGAACACCUAUUUUUGCCCAGUGCUAGCAACCGGACUAAGUGGCCUUUAUUCAUCUUUGCCUACAAAGCUGGAAGAAAAAGGAGAAGAAUGGCACUGUCUGUUGAAAGACGACUGGCUCUUGUCACCAGCCCUUGUACAAUUCAUGAAUUCCCUUGAAUUUUGCAAUGCUGUGAUACAGGUGGCACAUCCCUUGAUACGUAAUCAGCUUGUGAAUUACAUUUACAAUGGAUUUUUGGUGCCAGUAAUGGCUCCUGCGCUCCAUAAGGUGACUGUGGAAGAAGUGAUGACUACGACCGCAUACCUAGAUCUCUUCUUGCGUAGUGUUUCAGAGCCAGCCCUCCUCAAGAUUUUCCUCCGUUUUAUUUUGCUGCACCGACAUGAGAAUGUGCAUAUCCUAGAUACACUUACUAGCCGAAUCAACACGCCAUUCCGGCUCUGUGUGGUCUCCUUGGCAUUGUUCAGGACACUCAUUGGUUUGCAUUGUGAAGAUGUGAUGUUACAGCUAGUUUUAAGGUAUCUGAUCCCGUGUAACCACAUGAUGUUGAGCCAGCGGUGGGCUGUGAAAGAGAGAGACUGUUAUUCUGUAUCUGCUGCAAAACUACUUGCCCUGACACCGGUCUGCUGCUCCACUGGAAUCACCUUGAGACUUGAAAGCCAAGAAAAAGAUUAUAUUCUAUGGACAAAAGCAGCACAAACUAAAGAUUCUGGUAGACGCUCUUCUGAAUCUACUUGCAUUGUGGAAUAUGGAAGAACUGUGGACAUCAGCUACUUGCAGUACUUGGGGGAAGCUCAAGAAGCCAUCCUCCAGUGCGUGAAAGAUUGUAAAGUUUGGUCUGCCUUGUAUGAUGGAGUAAACCCGGAUCCAGAUACCUUUAUCCAAACACUUGCGGAGGAGAACGGCACAGAUGUGGAACACCCCAUGUUUCGGCUCCAGCAAAGGACACCUAGUGUGUGUAGCUCCUCUCAAGUAACUCCAUUUGGUGAGAAGAUGCAGCUGGAUCUAGAAUGGGAUGACAGCUAUGACACAGGGAUUUCUCCUGGUUCUGAUGUGAGCUCACUGCAACCGUAUGAUGAUCUGGGAAGCACAGAGAUGCAGGCACCCACAGAGCCACCAAAACACAUUCAAGAAAUGAAAAAAAAUGCCAUCAUGCUCGUCAAAGGAUCUUACAUAGAGGAAUCAGACUUCCAGGAUGAUGUUAUGGUUUACAGGUUAUGUGCCCAGAAGGAUACUCAAGAUAAUGACAGCUCCAAGGAGAAAACUUUAAAUGUAGCCAGAGAAUGUGAGGUCCAAAGCCAGACUGUAGUCAAUGGGCCUUUUGGAAAGAGCCAGCUGGAAAUGGACUUGGAUGAGCACAGUAAGAGAAAUUCAAGCUUGACUCAAGGUGUAAUGAAAGAACAAACAAACCAGAAAAUGACUGAGAUUGACCCACAGCCAGACUUAGAGUUGAAGAUUUCUCCUCAGGAGGCAGAUCAUAACUUAAGUGUAAGACUGCUGAGCACAGAUGGUGAGGAUUUCAUUGCACAGUAUGACAAAAUUAUUAAGGAACUGGAUCCAAGCAGUGCAAGCUUGGAGGAGCAGAAGUUGGAUACUCCUGACCCUGUCUCUCCUGCAGAAGAGGAAGAGGACUUUGAGAAUUUCUCAGCAGACACCCCUUCUGCAGACAGCAUGUCAUCUCCCUUUGGACCAAAGGAGGAUGUCUCUCCCAGGCACGCUGCAAGGAGCCAGAGUGCUCCAUUUACAGGACCAUUCAUCAGCGUAGUGUUGUCGAAGCUGGAGAACAUGCUGGAGAAUUCCUUGCAUGUAAAUUUGCUGCUUAUUGGGAUUAUUACUCAGCUGGCAAGUUAUCCACAGCCUCUCCUUCGCUCCUUUCUGCUCAACACCAACAUGGUGUUUCAGCCUAGUGUGCGGUCACUUUAUCAGGUGCUGGCAUCUGUGAAAAAUAAAAUUGAACAUUUUGCUUCCAUUGAAAAAGACUUCCCAGGUCUUCUCCUGGAGGCCCAACAGUACUUGCUUUUUCGUGUGGACACACCUGAUGCCACGGAAGAAUUGCUAACCAAAGGUAAUGUCCAGCACAGCAGCAACGCGGGGAAAGGAAGGAACCUCUCUGAAUCCUACCCGGCUGUACUCCAGCCUUUCCUGGGACAUAAAGGAAAGAAAGGUCUGGCUCAUCCCAGCCUUCCCGCGCACGUGAGGAAUGCCGUACUCGCAGCUGCCCUGUUCCCGGAGUUCCUGAAGGAGCUGGCUGCUCUUGCCCAGGAACAUUCCAUUUUGUGUUACAAAGUACUGGGGGAUUUUGAGGAUUAUUACUAGUGGGGUUUUUAAACAUGUUUUAAAAAGAUUUUGGAGUUUAAACAGAUUUUUAAUGCAAAGCUGCUUACAAAAGAAGGUUGUACUUCAAUAUUUCCUGAAAAUACUUGAUUUGGAGGGGGAAGGAGGAGGCAAAAUGUUAUUCCACGUUACCGUACAUUAGGCCUUAUAAUUUCCCUCUGUGCUACAUAACUUGAGAGAUUUCUGAUACUGCUCUUACUGCAACUUCCUACUUCAUCUCCUCCUCUUUGCACAGCCACCCUUCUUUAGUGAUGCGAUUCCCGUUGAAUUUCUCUGGUUCGCCUCUCUUAGCCAACCUAUUUUUGCUUUUUCUGUUCCAGAAAUACUCUUCUGGAUAACUUCUUAAGGACAGUUUGUUUGGAAAAACAUUGCCCCGUGGGGACAGUUCGGGGUAUAGAAGUAUAGUCAAAAUCUGCACAAACCCCCUUUAUGUGAAGGGUUGUGCUGCUUCAUGUCUUUUGUCCUCUUUCCCCCUUCCCUUCCUUUUCCCUGAAAUGGGGUUCUUACCGAUCCACAUCCGAAGCCCUCUUUUUAACUAGCGGCUCAGGUUGUUUGAAUUCAAGUGAUGUUACGCGUAUUAAACCCAUGACUAGCUGAAAGCAGGUGCUGGACCCUACACAUACCAUGUUGCCUUAUGUUGCAGACAGAUCUGCAGCUAUCAGCUGUUGGUCUUUGAAGUCAGAUGAACUGUGUAAGUGGAUGUGGAUUGCAGACUGCCUGGAAUUUUCCUUGCAGUUUCUCAGCAUUCUUUGAUAACUACUGCAUUGCUACCUAAACUCUCAAGCAUGCCUUAUUUAGUAAGAUUUGCACAAAGUACAAACCAAAAUGUUUCUAUGCAAGCUCUAAUUAGUAUGUAGUUUGUUUUUAUGCUUAUUUUAAUAAGCUAAAGAAAGGUAUUCAAUAUUUUUCAGUAGUAUUACAAGGAUGGCAGGCUGGUUUUGUCUUUUCUGUUUUUUUCUUUUUUUAAUGAAAAAGAUUGGCUUGCUUCUGGAAGCCGUUCUGUUUUAUUGUUAAUUUCUUUGGGUAAGGGAGAAGUUAAAUACUGUUUGUUUACUUUUAAUUUAGGUGUUGACUUUUCCUAAUGUUGCACUUUUGGGAUGGUGAGGGGAGGACCAGACUAUUCACCAGCUGUAGAAAAGGAAGGAGUAACAGGGAAAGCUGUCUGCUGGUGACUAACUGCUUGAGAAAAUUCUCUUCUGUGAGUAAUGGGCUUCAUUAGAAGAACCCAAACAUGAUGAAUUGGUGCAUCACCACUGCAUUUCAUCUUAUCUGAGUAGCGUAAUUGUGCUUCCAGUGUGCUGUAGUUGGCUAUAUAAAGAGGGGCUUAGUUCAAGAAAGCCUUAAACCCCUUUGCCCAGGAACGAAACUAACAGCGACUCCAGGAAAUCUGAAGAAACAGAAAUCAGAAAUAACAUUUGCAUACUCUGCUUCUCCUCCUCAUUGUAAUUCCAUAGUGUGGGAUGGUCCAGUUAAUUGCGUCUGAUUUUGAAAUGCACUUUCUCCAAGAUUGCAAGGAAACAGAACACUUCAAAAACAAAGACAGUCCAGAAGAGUCUAAUUAAUUACAGGUCAAAUUCCUGUGGAAUUUGUAGUGCAACUGAAGUUCCUAAGUCCUUUAGAUGCUUCAGAAAAAUUGUACCUUUAAUCUACAAGCUGUGAGAAUCAUUCAUUGUGUCAGACUGCUGUAGGGUAUUCCACAGGAAAAAAAAAAUCCCAAAGUGUCCCUCUAACAAAAUCACCUCACGAAGUUCUCCGGGUCCGCCUUCACUUCUUUGCUGUACUGUCUUCACUUCCAUGAUGGCUGGGGCUCCUGCUGCUCCCUAGCUGCCUCUCUGGUUGCUUUCACUUUAACAUGUUUGGUUUUUUAGGCACCAUUGCAUCGCCAUCCUCUAAAUCACCCACUGACCUCCACACAGCCCUGUUUCACCUCACAGGCUUCCUUGGAAGCUGAAGCCAAGGCUGCGGGUUUUUCUUAAAUCUUAGUUAUCCAGAUUUAAGAGAGCUCUUUCUUUUUCUUUUUUCCCCUGCAUCGUUGUUGUAAAUGGGUGAUGAGCAAAUUAAGAUUUGUUUGUUGAGUUGGUUGGGGUUUUUUUUGUUUUGUUUUUAAACCUGUCCGAGGACGUGGUGGGUUCUUUUCCCCACUUACCCGUUCCUGCUCCCACUAUUACCAGUAGUGCUGUCUUUCACACUGUACUCGCUGGCCUGGCCUGAAGGAGUUGAGUGGUGUUGUGGGUGGAAAGUGUUUCAGCAUUGUGGAUGCAGGAGCCUCACCUCUUCUGGAAGGAGCUUCAUGUGAGCAAAAGUACCAAAUGAUUGUGAUCAGCUAACUUUUAGUGGUUCAGAAACAAGUGCUAAACUGCAGAAGCAAUCCAAUCCUUUUUUGGAAGGACUUUUGUAGAAAGGAAUGAAAAAAAUUUAUUUUUUUUUAAUAAAGAAUUCUGCAGACCGGUGCUCAAGGCAGUAAGGUUACUAUGUGAAUAUUCCCUUUCAUUGUUUUUACACUAAGCUCAGAAUCUUUAUUUGCUGGGUAGAAGGGAUUUGAGAUUGUUAAUUUUAACUGGCGUUUCAACAAAUGUACAAAGUCAUGGCAGGUUCAUCUCAGCAGGUCUGUUAGCUAUGUGGGGAUUUUAAAAUGUGGACUGCUCAAAAAAUCAUCUCUAAGUUUGAGGAAGGGGAGGAUUUACCUCAAGCUGUAGCAGAGCUUAUGCUCUACAUCCAGUAGGAUAAAUUCAGCCUUGGAAAUCUGGAGUCAUGUGGAAGGCUUCUUGCUGAAAGGUCACAACUGUGUGUGCACCGUGUCCCCUUGUAAACGGGAAAUUGUCUGUCAGCUCCCCAAAAGGAAGAGGUGGGCGAGUGCAGUGACCCUGGCUCAGGACUGUAAAAAUGGUGAUUGCACACAUAACUUUCUCUUCCUUGGUUCCUGAGCGGGAUCAGACCUGCAGCUAUGUCUCAGUUGUGAUAGUAGCAGAAUGUCCAGCACCUGGCAAAAAACCAAUAGUUAGGAAUUGCAUCUUCCCGUCUUUAAAAUGUAGAACCUGUGAUUUAGCUUGAAAAUGUUGACAUUUUGAGAUUAAUCACCUGGUGUGGAUAAAUUCUUCAGCCAAAUGCUCGUUCAAUAAGCCUCUUCCCUCCAGUCAGAUAAUGUGUUAUCCCAUCUCUCACUAGUGAGGCACGUUUUUCCAAAAAAACCCUUCCCGCUGCCUGCGGUCCCAGCCAUGGCCCAGGCGGUAGGCCCGCAUAGGACACAGCGUUGUGCUGCUCUCUCUCUCCAAGCGUAAGGAAGUGCUCUGUCAUCUGGAUUUCCACACCCUCACCCACGUGUGGGCAACUAGAGCAGCCCCUGCUUGGCGUGUCGGCUCAGCAUCAGUCAUGAAUGAAGUGUCCGUUCCAAAACCUGCAGGUGAUGGCUCAGCGAUACCAAAGUUAACUCCAGUCUCCUGCUAGAUGGUUUCAGACUGUGAGUGCCACGCUUCUCAGGAUGUAGCCUUUGAGUGUGUUUUUAAGCUGUUCGGCUGUAGCAAGGAAUCAUUCCGGCAAUUCCAACCUGCUAUUCUUUUUUGGCAGCUUAGCUAUAAAGUGAACGCUUUGCCUUGAAACAGUUGUAGUCGUUCUCUUUUAUCUUUGACCAUUUUUGGAUGCCCUGUGGGUUAGUCGCAGCACGCACACAUAUGCACGGUUUGUAUUCAUUGGGCUAACGCCCUUUCACUCAAGACAGUAUCCCCCUUUGCACAUGGUGAUCUUUGGACACGUACAGUCAGUUGCAACUCAUGUGCUGUGUUGUUGGCCCUACUUACUGCCUUUUUAUUACUGUAUUCUAGGCAUUUUUCUUAAAUUUGAUCUUUCGCAUGUGUGUCCUAAAGAAAAAUAUGGGAUUUCAAAUGAGAGCAAGUUGCUGGUGUUGCAGUUUUGAGUGUGGAAGAUGCACUGCCUCGUUUGUCCUGGUGACUUCUGACCUUGGUUUGGAAGAACAGGAAUGAGAGCUGCUGUUCUCAGCUGUAUUCCAUGGAGAUGAGAAAGUUCCCAGUAGGGGGUAUGGGCUGUCCCUCCCACCCAGAUAUAUCCGUCAGAGCACCCAAUUCAUAAGUUACUGAUUUCCUCCUUCAUUGGGGUUUGUCACUUUGUAAAAUGUCCGAUGAAUUCAGCGGUGUGGAGCUGCCCUACCCGCUCAGUGCAUUUGCCUUUCAGAUGCGAUUUGAUCAUUUUAGUAAGAUCCGGUUAAUUUUCUAGAAUGGGGGAAGCACGGUGUGACUGGGGAGGACCCCACACAUUGGUGGGGGGCCGUGCUUUGGAACAGGAACAGGACUAGAUAGACAGUAAGACUGAGCAGCGUUUCUGCCAUCAGCACUGUUCUAAUUGCUCUCUGGCCCAGUCACAAAGCCGAGGUGGUCUGUUCGCUCCUUCAGAGGAAAACCUUUGCAGACAAACUUACUGCAUCCCACAGAGUCCAAGGGUUUAAGAUCAAGAGGUUAAGUUCUAUUUACCCAGAGAAUUGUACCAUCUAGCACGGCACGUACGUGUUCGCUACCCUUUUGUGCACUCUGCUUAUGCCUCACAGAAGGUUUCGUGCUUCGGGAAGGUUUUUUAGCUUCUCCAAGAAGCUUUAAAAUCUCCAGGUUGGAAAGAAAACGAUGGGAGCAGUGUGAUUUGCUGCAGUUAAAUUAUGUCAUUGUAUCAUUUGAAUUUGUAGCCCCGGCUCGUGUUUGAGGGCAGCUUGAUUUAAUAAGCAAUUUACUGUGCUGUAUUUACUGAAAUAGCUAUGUCAUGCCUGCAGUUUUUAUCACGGCUCUUAUUACAUUUGUAACAUUUUAAACUGCAUCUGCAGUUAUGAGUAGAAUACUGGGAUUUUCCUCUUUCUUUUCUUUUCACUCAGAUAGCUCUGGCACAGUACAGUGAUGCUGCUGCCGUGUCCAGAUCCGAUUUAGAUAAUUACAGUGUGUUCUUCCUUGCACCUUUUGAGCAUUAUCAGCAGAGACGGAGGGUAUGUGACACUCACGCUGCUUACAUUAAUGAGCAAACCAAAGGUAAAACACUGCGGAUUAGCAGGGGGCACUUGCCUGUGAGUGGGAAAUGCCUGACUGCCUUGUGAAAUGCAGUAAGCAUUUACAUUUUGUGUUGCUCUGACUUACUGGGGCCCAGAAAGAAAAUGUUCAUAGCAAACCUGAAAAAUGAAUAUGACAGUGUCCUGUGGUAACCAUCCAAGUGGACAGCACCGCUAUGUAAUGUUUUGGGCCAGAACUGUGCGAAGGAGGGUAAAAAUUGCUCCUUGUUAAGGUGGUGUCAGACUUGCAUAAAUAGGUAUUCAGAUAAUACGAUGGUGGUGCCAGCUGUCAGACCGCAGCCAGCCGCAGAAGGCCAUGCUAUCUCAGUGACUCUGUUGGCAGAAAAAAACCCGCUCUGACUAACGGUACUUUAUUUUUCAGGGGCCCCCAGCUUUUCUAAGCAUGUUGUGGCCCAGCAUCAAUGUACUUCAUUUGUUAUAUGCUCGGUUGGAAGCCUCUUAUUUAUGAAUAGGAACAUUACUUUGCCUCUCAAAUAUGUAGGUACUCAAAGUGGCAUUUUGUCGCUGACUGUGCAAAUCUUCUUUUUGUUCAUUGAUUAUAAUGGUUCUUGUUUGGCAGCUGGAUUAAAUUAAGACUGAAGUCUCUGGGCUAAAAGCCCUGAUGGAACUUUUGUGCAAAGGCUGCAUUUCUCGUCCAAAUAACUUUCUCUUGGGCUUCGGCAGACUGCCCGCAUACAAUUACAUACUGUGGACUAAAUACCUGCAAACUUACAUUUCUGACGAAGCCAAUUCCACAGCAGCUGCAUUUUAUCGCAGUCUACUUUAAAAAUAACUAGCUUGGAUAUAGACCAGAAACUGUGGAUGAGUCAAAUCCAAGACAACUAAACUGUGUCCUACUCAGCGCUGCUGUGUCGGUUUGGCCAGAGCUCAGACAAAACGCCAUCUCGUCCUCAAAGCAGAGGGAGCGGCUCUGGGUCUCAGCAUGCCCUGCUGCAGCUUGAGCCAAGGAUUCGUGUCUCUCGAGGUGUCUCUCAGUGUCCCAAGUGCAGCUUGGUGUUGGCAGCUCUGACCAGCGUCUGUCGUAAAACUCCAGAUUUUCAGGGUGAAAAACCCAGGGGCCUCCAAGACCACUCUAAAAAUAUAGCCUCUCAAGCUUUAGAAAUGAGAAAGUAAGAUACAACUUGUUGAUGGUUAUGCCUGCUUAGUGGCUGUAAAUGCUUGAGAUAAUUAAAGCUGUGGCUGACGCGACCGUGUAUCAGGAGAACUUCUGCUUUGUGCUUACACAAAAUGCCUGUGCGUGCAGGGAGUGUCCUCUACCGUGAAACUGUUGGCCUCCAAGCACUCUUGUUAGGACUAGCUCAUGGCAGUGCAACCUCUGCAGCUCCAAGUACUGACCCCUUCUCCAACGGCCGCGAUGACAAGGCAAGGGAUGGGGCACGGCAUAACCGGCUGCCUGCGUAGGUACUGGGGUAAGGUGGGGUCCAGCACAGCUGCCACCAGUCAUUUUUGUGGGAAGAGCCAGUGGGUGAGAUGGAGUCAUUUACAGGGUCACGAGUUGAACUUCGCAUGUGCAGAUAAAGGGGAAGGACAGCAAAGGUCAGGGUUGUCUCCAUCUAUGUGUACAACUGAUCAGCAAAUACUGCAGACAAUAAUGAAAUGCCUGUAUGCCCUAGGGGAGAUCUUACGGGCCUGGAACGAGGACAGUCCUGGAGGGAAGACUUGGCCAGUGCUUGUUAGGACCACGCGCAGCUGUGUUGCUCACUAAACUCCACCUCCUUUUGCAUCUUUGUUGCCUGAUGGCAGCACCUGAGCAUUUCUGUAGGUUUGUUUUAUUGCAGUUAAAAUGCAGGCUGUAUGGCCUGAUGUGGGGCGUGUGUCAGAGCGCAGUCAGAAGAGAAGGACCGUUACUGGUGGUUUUGUGUUCUCGCUGCAGUGAUCCAUAAUUACUGCCCUGGCUCGGCCCAGGGGCUCUUCUAGAUGGAGUUUAAAUUUGCCGUCACAAUGGGCAGAAAAAGGUGCAGCAAAUCACAGGUCAUGACAACUUAGGACUUUGUGUUUUAUUGCCUUCUUCAUGCUGUUUAGCAACAGAAUAUUCUCCCCACCUCCCCUGAAAGUUUGCAGCUUCUGAGGGGACAGGGAUGAGUUGCACUCAACAGCCAGGCUGGCGUAGGUAAGCUGCUAAGAUAAAUCUUGACCUCCUGUCUGCUCUAACUUGGUUGCGUACAGCCAUUAUGUGAAGCAGAAUCCGAUGAACUUUGAGUAUUUGUAAACAGCAGUGCAAGGAAGAGGCAGGCUACAGGGGCAAAAAGUUCACCAGCAUGCUAUUCCGUCUUCUCUCGCACAGUUUGAGAAGAGAGCGUUGAGUGAAAACCUGAUUUGUUUUUCUUUAUGUGAAAGAAAACAAACACUCUACAUGUUGAGCGUACACACAGGGCCAUAAAUUGCUGAGAAGGUGCUGCUGAGGUCAGUGGUUGUGAAAGUGUGUAGGUAGAGGGGUGCUCAGAACAGAAACGAGAACAUUACGCCGCAGAAGUGGAGUGGAAAGGGGCCGCAGUGAAAUCGAAGUGUGAAUACUCUAGCUGUAAAUUUUUUUUAGUUAAGGUUCCUAUCAUAUGCUUCUAUUUUUAACACAGUUAAAAUUAAACUCUGCAGCCAAGGCUGAGCGCUAGAAAUUCCUUCUUCGCUUCUUCAGCAUUGCCAGCAUCUUUUUUGAUAACUUUCUUCUCCUCCUCUGCAACCUUGGGUAUGGGAUACUUCAGCUAUGCAGGAUGGUAAGUAUCAUCUCUCCACUGCCAGGAGUGACCUCCUAAAGGACUUCCAGCAACGAGUAGAUGAGAUUGUUGUGACGGUGUCUGGUGUCAGCUUUUAAUUUGUGAGCAUUUUCCCUGGCUCUCUGUUCGUGGACGGUUACUGCUGAAAAUCUGCACGAAACUGUCCUUAAUUCACCCCGCCUAAUGCUGCUGCACAGAUGGCAUCUGCAAUCAGUAGAUCAGGGAGGGCUGCUGUAGCUAAAUAAGACUUGCAAGUUGGGGUCAAAGUCUCAAUUCUAAUUCUCCAGCUCCUAGCCUCGAUACAGCCACGCUUAAAUCGGCCUCCUGGUCUGUGAAAUGGUCUGACGUCGAACACUUCGUAGUCAGGCUCUGCCUUUUAUCUCGCAGACCCGCCUAUCCCGUGCGGCUUUCUUCAUUGGUCUUUACAACAGCAGAUACUAAAUUCCUUGAGGCCGCUGCUUCUGUCUUUUAACAUGCUCCAUUGACUACUGCUACGCAAAUAUAAACCAGUGCGGGUCUGCGCGGGGCAGAGUUCGUUUGUGGAGUGUUUAGAACUUACCUUUAGCCCCGUUAGGGGACAGAGGAGGGCGGUGGUUGUGUUUAGGCUGCUGUAUCAGGCCCUUGGCAGGCAAAAAAAGAUCUGGUGUUUGGGGUGUAUUGGUUCGAUCAGAAUGGUGUCAGGUGACUGAGGAGCCCCUUAAUGCAGGCUGCAACGGGGGGAGCGACAUUAGCUGGCCCUGCGGAGCCUCCUUGCUGCUCCGCCCUAGCACUGCCGGCUGCUGCUGCUUCCAAGUUGGUAGCUGCUAUCUCCGCAAAUGUUAAAAAGAUUCAUCAUCUUGAUCUCAUUUGACUCAAAUGCUUUUUUUUCUAUCAGAAAGAAAUUUACAUUUUGUGUGCGUCUGCAAAAGAUUUCUUAAAAAAUUUUAGAAGUGACUGUUUCAUAAUAUCGUGCAAAAUUGAUAGACUAUAGCUGCUCUUUCCCUUCCCUGGAAGGGGAAGAAUGUUACAAUUAUCCCUUUUUAAUCUUUCUUGUUAUCUGUUCUGUCUGGCAGGUGGAGGUGAAAAUAGAUUGAGAUUUACAGUAAAUCCAUUUAAAGAUCUCAUGCUGUACUCGUAUAGAACUUGGCUUAUGAAUUUCAACAGAUUUUGUACCGUAUUAGCAAAGUGUAAUUACGUAGGAAGAGAGCGGCUACAACGAUGUGGCCAUUAAAAAGACACCAGCAGCAGCCAUGCUGCAGUAGCGGAGAUCCCUUCCUCUUCCACCUACAGCCCAAUUAUUACUCUUCCAAACACAUCAUUGUUUUGCUUUCUCUUUUUGAAGAGGCACCCGCUAAGCAGAGGGGAUCCUCAGCACAGCAGCAUCAAGCUGCGCAACAAAAGGCACGAACCUUGGAGGAGCACCUUUGGGAAACAAUUGUGCUUUUUCUAAACUGAGGGAGUACCUUUAAAUAAAGACUCAAGAUUUCGUGCAGAAGCCCUUGUGCCUUUUUGUUUCUUGCUGCCACGGCAAGAGUUGAACAGAAUUCCAAAAUUUGAAGUUUGCGGUAUAAUCUAAAGCAUUACUGACUGAACACUUUUACAUGAAAACUCACACCACCGUAAGCAAAAACGGUAUUUUUUGCUCACGGUGUGAAAAGCAGUGGUAACAUCCUUUGUGUGAAGGCCAAGUUGUUGGUUUGGGGUUUUGGGGUUUUUUUUUUGGUGGUGGUUUUUUUUUUUUCUUCCAAAGGGUCACGGUUUUUUGAUUGCAACCAUGUUACUGCUUUUUGUCAGCUGUAUGACUUUUAAACUGUAAAGUUAUUUUUAUGUGACUAAUGCCUAUAUAUUUUAUUCAUUAAAUGUAUUUGAAAACCAUGGGGUUUUUUCUAAUUAAGAGUUUGCACUUGAACUGUGACCUAUUUUGUACAGAACUGUCCUCCUCAAGACACCUGAGCACUCAUGAGA